AUGAUCCUGUCGUCAGCAGCCCUGAACCUCACCGGCUACCAGACCGCAGCAGCAGCACAUGCAGCCGAAAGGCCCGCACUAAAGGCGCUGCUGGAAACAGCGCCUGCUCUGCCGCCUCCGGCGCAGCAGCCAGCCCCCGUGCUGCUGCCCACUGCGCUGCGCAGCGGCAGCGACGUGUUCAGCCAUUUGCUGCACUUCCAGAAGCGGAUUUUUCUGUGGGGCCCUUUGACGGAGGAAGCAGCAGCAGCAGCAGCAGCACAGCUGCUGCUGCUGCAGGGGGAGCAGCGGGAAAGCAGCAAAGAAGAAAAAAUGAGAAGCAGAAUGAACCUCAAAAGCCCCAAAAUCGCAGCAGCAGCAAACCCAACUGCAGCAGCAGCAGCAGCAGCAGCAGAAAAAGCCCGAGUUGAACUUAUCAUCAACAGCAGAGGCGGCCCUCUUUCGGCAGCGCUGGCGCUGUAUGACGUGCUGGGCCUGGUGUCUGGGGAUUUGCUGCUGAAGACUUUGGCUGUGGGGUGUGUGGGCCACUCUGCUGCUUUGCUGCUGUCUUCGGGCCUUCUUGGAAAAAGAAAAGCAGCAAAAAAUGCAAAAAUAUUCUUUUGCCAGUCGGCCUGCACAGCCCAAGGCUCUGCUGACGAGCUGCUGCAGCAAGCUGCUGCUGCUGCUGCUCAAGAGCAAUUGUUUGAUUUGCUUCUGGCCAAGCGCUGCGGCAGAACAGCAGAAGAAAUCGCCAGCUGGCGCCAGCAAAGCAAAGUCUUCUCUGCGGAGGAGGCGAAGGCAGUGGGACUAAUUGAUGAAAUUAUUUCAGAAUAA